UUAACGAUAUUAUUGCAUGUUCUGCCAGCCAUGUUCAUAGAUCUCAUUUUGAAAUUCAUUGGGCGUCGACCUAUGCUAGUACGACUGCUAAGAAGAGUGUAUGUGGCCAAUUGUGUUGUGAGUUAUUUUACAUUCCAUGAAAGGGAAUACAAUAACAUAAAUUCGUUAGCUCUGAUGUCCUCAAUACCACCUGACAACCUUGAUAUGUUUUCUUUUAACUAUUCUUAUAUCAAUAUUAGAGAUUAUUACACGAAAUGUACAAUUGGUAUCAAAAAAUUUCUUCUUCACGAAGACAUAAAUCGAUUGGAUGCAGCCAAGGCACAUUAUAAAAGAGUAUCUCUACUUGUUAGAGUGGUGAAAACUAUCAUCUCUAUUGGUAUGCUGUGGAUGAUAUAUAAGUGGAGCAUCCAGAUCGGAAGAGCACACUUGACUCUACCCAAGUACGUGAAGGCUCGUGAGAGCGAACAAAAUAAAAUUACGUUACAACACGCUAAGGUCCUUGUGAGAAUAACGAUGGCCAAAUCGUUGAUGUGUAUCAUGAUGAUUACUUGCGAUAUUACAGGAAAAGGAUAUUAG